AAGAAGCGAAGUCAAGGAUGAAGAAAAAUGAGGGGAGUGACGAGUUAGAAGGCUAGCCAUCUUGUAAAUUGAACAUAGAUUUUAGAUAUAAAUCAUGAUCUUUGUACAAUGAAGAAGUGCAUUACGGUAAGAGCACUAGGAAUAGAAUAUCUUUUGAGGUUUAAACAUUCUAAUUGGAGUGCUGUUGAUGGGAAUCAAGAUGACAGCAUAUCUACUACAUCAUGUGAUCCAUUACACACCCAAGGAGGUCCAGUCUCGCGAGUUAGAGCUAAGAAGAUGCGUGAAGUUUUAAAUGGCCUUGUUGAGCAGAUCUAGGUUGAAAACAACAUACAACAAGCAAAUCGAAGCUUGGAUGAUUAUCAAGGCAUGGUAAACAUCAUUCAGGUUCAAGAGAAGCUUAGUUGAGGUCAUUUGCACAGAAUUACACAAUUUGUGUCAAAAUCGCACAGUUCUGCCGCAAUUUGUAGCAAACUGAUAUUUUGUUUUGUUUUAGGUUAUUUUUAGUGAUUUUCACGUUUUUUGUAUUAUUUUUGGGCUGAACAUUCGCUUAUUUGAAGCCCAAUUCGUGGUUAUUAGGUUUAGGACUUAGGGUGUUAAUUUCCUAUUCUGAUUAGGAUUUGUUUUCUCUAUUUAAAAGGCUUGUAACCCUAAUGGGAAGGGAGGCUAUUGAAUCUGAGAUUUUGAGAGACUUUUCUCUUUGGUUCGUUUCAGAACUUUACAGAACUUAUCAAGAUUAUUCUUGUGGCGUUCUAACCUGACUUAUC